AUGGAAGACUACAGCAGAUCAAAGUCAUAUGGCCCUGGCAGUGGGACGAUGCAGAUGGAAAACUACUAUGGACCUCCAAGACCACCCACUUCCUAUGAGCUAAGGAGCUACAGUGUUUCUUAUGCACAAACCCAGAUGGCUAAUAACAAUAACAGGGACUUCAAGUUGAAGAAGGGAAAAAGCACUUCUGGGUCGUCCUCGAAGUCUAAUUGGGGUCUCAUGGACCCUGAGUUGCAGAGGAAGAAGAGGGUUGCUAGCUACAAAAUGUACUCUGUGGAGGGCAAGAUGAAGGGCUCCUUCAGGAAAAGCUUCAGGUGGCUUAAAGAUAAGUGCACCCAAGUGGUUUAUGGAUGGUGGUGA